GGCGAGCAUGUAGUGGCCCUGGCGGCGGGGCUCCCGGGGCGGGCCGGGCGGGCCGCGGGGGCCGCACGCGGCGACAUGGAGGAGGAGGGCAAAAAGGGCAAGAAGCCUGGAAUUGUGUCGCCAUUUAAACGAGUAUUCCUAAAAGGUGAAAAGAGUAGAGAUAAGAAAGCCCAUGAGAAGGUGACAGAGAGGCGCCCUCUGCACACUGUGGUGCUGUCCUUGCCCGAGCGCGUCGAGCCAGACAGACUGCUGAGCGACUAUAUUGAGAAGGAGGUGAAGUACUUAGGUCAGUUAACGUCCAUCCCAGGAUACCUGAACCCCUCGAGUAGGACCGAGAUCCUGCACUUCAUCGACAACGCGAAGCGAGCCCACCAGCUUCCUGGGCACCUGACCCCGGAGCACGAUGCCGUGCUCAGCCUGUCGGCCUACAACGUCAAGCUGGCCUGGAGGGACGGCGAGGACAUCAUCCUGAGGGUGCCCAUCCACGAUGUCGCCGCCGUCUCCUACGUCCGGGACGACGCCGCGCACCUGGUGGUCCUGAAGACAGCCCAGGACCCUGGCAUCUCUCCCAGCCAGAGUCUGUGUGCGGAAAGUUCCAGAGGCCUCAGCGCAGGCUCCCUGUCCGAGAGCGCCGUGGGGCCGGUGGAGGCCUGCUGUCUGGUCAUCUUGGCCGCGGAGAGCAAGGCCGCUGCGGAGGAGCUGUGCGCCCUGCUCGGCCAGGUCUUCCAGAUCGUCUACACGGAGUCCACCAUCGACUUCCUGGACAGAGCCAUCUUUGACGGGGCCUCCACACCCACCCACCACCUGUCCCUGCACAGCGAUGACUCUUCCACCAAAGUGGACAUGAAGGAGCCCUACGAGGCGGAGAGCAGCCCCUUCUGCUUCCUAGACUCUGCGGACGCCGGCGGCCUGCCGCCCUUGUCCUUCUGCGUGCCGGCCCUGCCGCACGGCAAGACGGCCAGCGAGAGCGAGCUGAGCACCAGCGCCGCCGAGCUGCUGCAGGACUACAUGCUGACGCUGCGCACCAAGCUGUCGUCCCAGGAGAUCCAGCAGUUCGCCGCGCUGCUGCACGAGUACCGCCACGGGGCCUCCGUCCACGAGUUCUGUAUCAGCCUGCGGCAGCUCUACGGGGACAGCCGCAAGUUCCUGCUGCUCGGUCUGAGGCCCUUCAUCCCCGAGAAGGACAGCCAGCACUUCGAGAACUUCCUGGAGACCAUCGGCGUCAAGGACGGCCGCGGCAUCAUCACCGACAGCUUCGGCAGGCACCGGCGGGCCCUGAGCACUGCCUCCACCUCCACCACCGACGGGAACAGGGCCGCGGGCAGCCCUGACGACCGGUCGGCGCCCUCGGAGGGCGACGAGUGGGACCGCAUGAUCUCGGACAUCAGCAGCGACAUUGAGGCGCUGGGCUGCAGCAUGGACCAGGACUCGGCCUGACGGGGCGCGGCUCAGCCCUGCCCGCUGGCCGGGGGCUGGAGGCUCCGGGCGGCCGAGCCCUCUACUGUGAAGGAGCACAGAGCUGCCGGGGGCGGGCGCUCUGCCCGGGCCUGCAGGGCGCAGCCUCGCCCACACACGGCCCUGCUCGCGGGCCGCACGGCUCUGUUUUGCACAUGGUGUUCUAUUGCAACUCCCAGAGACGUAAAGAGAAGUUUACUGCAAUGUGAAUAA